AUGAAGAAUCUUAUUACAAAGGAUAAAGUUUUUCAGAAGUUUACAUGGCCCCUUCCAAACCCCUUGUUUAACUUUUGCCGCCGGAUAGCAUACUCGAGAAAGUCUACUGUCGAUGGCCAUACAUGGAGGAUUCGUAUCACUCCAACUUCACUACUGAAUUUGCAAUUCUCCAUUAUUGUGGAUCCUGGUCCAGCAAGUGGAUGUGAAAAAAUUGCAAAUUUAAAAUUCAUUGUGAUUAAUCAGCUCAACCACAGAAGGAAUGUAACAAAAGAAAUAAUUGACACCUUCAGUUCAAUUUAUUGCCCUUCGUUUGAAAUUUACGCUCCUGGUGAUGGGUUCAUCGUGAAUGAUAGUUGUAUAAUUGAAGUACAUAUAUCAGUUCAUAAGCUAGAGCAUGAAUCAGUGAGGAACAUUUAUAAUAAGCUUGUCCAAAGCACUGAGAAUCUUUCAACGAAGAAAAUGAUAUCAAACUUACCUGGUGAGACCGUGGAUUUUAGGUAG